AUGAACUUGGAAUCAGUUGUAGAAAUUAAACAAGAAAAAGAUGACUGUGUGGAGGAUAAGAAUGAUAAUUACUUACGAAUGGGAUUCGAUAUUAAUGUAAAAGUUGAGGAUGAAGCUGAGAUAGACGAAGAUUGGUGCGUACAAAACUUAUUAGCAGCAGAAGAAUUUGAGCAAUCUAUAAAUUAUAAUGAUUUAAAAAAAGACACUUUGCAGACUUGUAUAGUUUGUUUACAAUUUUUUACUAACAGUUACUCUCUCUGCAAACAUAAUUUAACACACUUAAUAGUGCCAUUAAUAAGAAGAAAUUUUUUCAUUUGCAAUGAUUGCCCUAGUUUUUUUUCUAAGAAAAUUGAUCUUGAAAAUCACAUAAUAUUGUCACACAUAACAAAGAAAAAAUCUGAAGAAACUAGAAUAACAAAACGAAAACACACAUGUGAAAUUUGUUCUAAAACAUAUACAUACAAAUCUUGGUUUAGCCAUAUGCAAGAAGUGCAUGGACAGUUAAAAUUAAAAUGUGAUAAGUGCAAUGUUACAUUCAAAUGUGAACGAUAUUUGAAAAGGCAUAAACUAUACAUCCACGACGGUCUUAGACCUUCUUGGAGAUAUCAUAACAUUCAAUCCGAUGAAGUAGAAUGCUCAGAAUGUUCAAAAAAAUUUUGUAACAAGCAUUCCUUAACAGCACAUAUUCGUAAUUGUCAUAGUAAAGAGAAUCAUCGGUGUAAAAUAUGUAAAUCAGUAUUUAAAAGCAAGACAUAUUUAAUGGUCCACAUGAGAAGAGUCCACUAUAAUGAUGGAAAAUUCCAUUCUUGUGAUAUUUGUGGUAAAAUGUUUAAGUCACCGAGAUAUGUGAACAUUCACAUAAAAAAUUCACAUAGUUCUAAAGCACAAUUAGCAAGAGCUUUAAAAUGUAAA